UAGGGGGUGCACUUGUUAAAUGUGUAAAGUAAUAUAUAUGGGUGUUAGGAGUGUUUGGUAGAUAGGAAAGUUGAACAGAUUAUUAUUGGGUUGAUAGUGAAUUAGUGAUUCGUCUUUUCUGAUGUUUUAAUGUGAGGAUAAGAUUAUUAAGAUGUGAUUAAGUUUAGAAUGUAUGAUUGCAAUCUGGAUUUUAACGUCAUUUUAAUCUUUUAUUUAAUUAUUUUUGAAAAAAACAAUGGCCUAUGGGGCUGCAUGCGUUUCUGCUAAUAUUUAAAAAUAAAAUAAAAAUUGGUCUGCAUCACUAGAUGUAUGAUUUAUUUGUUUCUUUAUUUAGAUUUUGGUUGGUGAACAUUGUUAGACUAUGGUUUUUUUUUCCUAUGAUUUGAUGUUGUGUUUGUUGGGUUGGGUGUGGAUUUCUCACCAAAGGGAUUUUAUUAUGUUAGUAUCUUCAAUUUGAUUGAUGAAAACCUCCUCUUCACCCUUUGGCAUUGUGUGGAAUGAAACAAGUUUAAGACUGAAAUUACAAGAUAGGAAUGGUUUGGAUCAUUUUAUAUAGGGCAAGUUAAUUGAACUUGGGAAUGAUUGAAGGUUGAUGCCCUUUCAUGUUUUCACACAUUGAUUUGUAUCUUUGGAUUGAAUAAAGAAUCAAGCAACAUACUGGAGGUGAAAUCAAUGUUGAAAGCAACAGCAUCUGGAGUUUUAAUUGGCAUGCUUUUCAUGUGUGCAUAUGCAACAACAGAUCAUGGAUAUUCCAAAUGCAACUGUGAUGAUGAGUCCAGCUGGUGGACAAUUGAAACCAUUCUUGAGAGCCAGAAAGUUGGUGAUUUCCUCAUUGCUGUGGCCUACUUCUCCAUCCCCAUUGAGCUUCUUUACUUCAUCAGUUGCACAAAUGUUCCCUUCAAAUGGGUCCUCAUUCAGUUCAUUGCCUUCAUUGUUCUCUGUGGAAUGACACAUUUGCUGAAUGGUUGGACCUAUGGCCCACAUUCCUUCCAAGUCAUGGUGGCACUCACUGUCUUAAAAGCUCUCACUGCUUUGGUAUCAUGUGCCACUGCCAUAACCCUCAUCACUUUAAUCCCUUUGCUCCUAAAAGUGAAGGUCAGGGAAUUCAUGCUGAAGAAGAAGACCAGGGAUCUUGGGAGGGAGGUUGGUAUGAUAAUGAAGCAAAAGGAAACUGGAAUGUAUGUGAGGAUGCUAACUCAUGAGAUUCGGAAGUCGCUUGAUCGGCAUAAGAUUCUCUACACCACAUUGGUUGAGCUUUCCAAAACUCUGGGAUUGCAGAACUGUGCAGUAUGGAUGCCUAAUGUUGAUAAAACUGAGAUGAACCUCACACAUGAAUUGAAUGAGAGGAAUAGGAACUUUUCUAUCUCUACUACUGAUCCUGAUGUGGUGAGAAUCAAGGAAACUUCUGGAGUGAACAUAAUUGGUUAUGACUCUGAGCUUGCGGCUGCUAGUUGUGGGAUUUCGAGCGAGGCAGGUGCAGUUGCUGCGAUCCGAAUGCCAAUGCUUCGGGUUCGUGAUUUCAAAGGGGGAACGCCAGAGAUAACUCCCGCGAUUUAUGCGAUAUUGGUCUUGGUGCUCCCUAGUGGAGAGCCUAGAUCUUGGAGCUUUCAAGAGCUCGAGAUAAUCAAGGUGGUUGCUGAUCAGGUGGCCGUGGCUCUCUCGCAUGCUGCGAUUCUCGAAGAAUCACAACUCAUGAGGGAGAAGUUGGAGGACCAAAAUCGAGCGUUGCAACAGGAGAAGAUGAACGCUAUGAUGGCGAGCCAGGCCAGAGCUUCAUUUCAGAAGGUCAUGAGUAGUGGAAUGGGAAGGCCAAUGCACACAAUUCUGGGUUUGCUUUCGAUGUUACAAGAUGAGAAUUUGAAGAGUGAACAGAAACUUAUUGUGGAUUCAAUGCUAAGGACUAGCAUUGUCCUGUCAAAUUUGAUGAAUGAUGCCAUGGACAGCUCGGAUAGGGAUGACGGAAGGUUUCCUUUGGAGAUGAAACCUUUCGGGUUGCAUAGCAUGAUAAAAGAAGCAGCUUGCCUUGUGAAGUGCUUGUGUGUUUUUAGGGGUUUAGGUUUUAGAGUCGAGAUUGAUAAGUCUUUGCCAGACAAUGUUUUAGGUGAUGAAAGGAGGUUAUUUCAGGUGAUUUUGCAUAUGGUUGGGAAUGUCAUUGAUGGUAACCAUGGGGGUGGGAUUCUUGUACUUAAAGUUUUCGCAGAAACAGGAAGUCAAGGAAGGAAUGACCAGGGAUGGACAGCAUGGAGACCAAGCUCUUCUAAUGGGGAUGUGCAUAUUAGAUUUGAGAUAGGGAUGAGUAAUAGUGAUUCUGAAUUGAAUACUUCAGUUACCGGGCAGCUUGUGGGCUGGAAGCAUUUUGGUGAUUCAGUUGAGGAAAGGUUGAGCUUCAGCAUUUGCAAGAGGAUAAUCCAGAUGAUGCAAGGGAACAUAAGGUUAACACCAAAUUCUCAAGGUUUUCCACAAGUCAUGACCCUUUCUCUUCGGCUUCAAUUACGGCAGUCUAUUUCAGUAGCCAUACCAGAGCCUGGUGAGAGUUCUGAGCCUUCCAAUUCAAAUGCUUUCUUCAGAGGUCUGCAAGUCUUGUUGGCAGACAGUGACGAUGUGAACAGAGCAGUGACACAAAGGUUGCUUCAGAAAUUAGGCUGUGUUGUUACAUCUGUUUCUUCAGGAUUUGAAUGCCUCAGUGUUAUUGGAUCUUCCUUUAAAGUUAUUCUCUUGGAUCUUCACAUGCCUGAUUUAGAUGGAUUUGAAGUAGCCACGAGGAUUCGGAAGUUCAGGAGCCGGAAUUGGCCUAUGAUUGUCGCCUUGACAGCGAGUGCCGAAGAAGGUUUGUGGGAAAGAUGCAAGCAAGCCGGCAUCAAUGGAGUUAUCCGGAAGCCGGUCUUGUUGCAAGGAAUUGCAGGUGAACUCAGAAGAAUCCUGAUGCAGGGAAAUAAAGUCAUGUGAGCAUGGCAUGUUGCAACUGUUAAAAGCACUGCAACAUCAUGAAAAAGAGUAAUGAAAUUCCAUUAACAUUGUUGAUAGAAGAAGUAGCAGCAGCACAGAGAACUCUCAGGCUUCAAUUUCCCAGCAAGAUUUUGAGCUUAGAGAUCUUUGAUAAGAAUUUUUUUAUACAGAUUAGCUUCUUUUUCUUAUUUUGUGACUGUAAUGUGUGUAUGUAGUUUCAAUUGUGAUACAUGCAUCUUCAGCACAUCCCUAUAAUAAGAAUAUUGGGAAACAAAAAUGUGAAUCAAAUGAUUACAGAAAAUAGCACAUAUAACAGCAUUUUUUUAUUUCA